CAGAAGAAGAUUCAAGAGUCCAAUUGGUGUGACUGAAUUACAUUAUUUCAAUAAUGAUGAAAUUUCUGGCUAUUUUGUCCUUAAUUGGGCUAUGUACCGCAGCCGUUCAAUACAAACCUUUCCAAUACGCUAAAAAGCCUCAAAUAGUUCAAUAUAUACAAGAUAAGUCUAGUCUGUCCAUCGAUAAUGGUGCCUACAUACAUGAUAAUUCAGGUGCAUACAAUGAUGAUGGUCAGUAUCAUCAUGAUAACAGCGGCUCUUACAUACCAGAUGACUCAGGAAGAUAUAUUCAUUCAGACGAAGAUUAUCAUCACGUUGGUGAUGGUAACUAUGGUGGAAAUAACAUAAGAGGAGUGUCAGUUACUGAUUUCCCCCAGGCCAGUGUCAGAAAAAAUUCAAAUUCAGCUGGUUCGAAGGACUACAACAAAUAUGGCAUAAUCAGGAAAAUAGAACAAAUAUUGGAAGAUGGUUACCACUACAUAUAUGAAACUGAAAAUGAAAUACUGGGAGAAGAGGAAGGCCAUCUGGUGAAUAAAGGACAAAAGGACGAGUACAUGGAUGUCAAGGGAUUUUACAAAUACAUUGGAAAUGACAAUGUAGAAUAUAAAGUAGAGUACACAGUAGAUUCUGAAAAUGGUUUUGUACCCAAAGGAGAUCAUAUUCCACAACUUCCACAAUCAUCAUCGUGAGGUGAAUUCCAUUUGGGAUCAAGAACAUCUCACCGAGUUCAUAGAGCAAAAUUGUGUGAUUUUUCCUGAAACUUCAUUCUAUUCCUCUUUUUUAUGUAAAUAAAUAACGGAAACUACAUACGUAUAUGUUUCAAUUAUAGUAUCAGUCCAGAAAUA